GUUUUUCUUAAAAAUCUAUUAUGCAUUAAUCAAAUGUUGACGAAUACAUUUGAAUUGGAACCAGUGCCAAACGAUCAAAUAUCUCAUGUGUCAUGCCAGUUAAAAAAUUGUGUAAUAUGUUUUAGAAAAGGCGCUAAGUAUAAAUGUCCAAAUUGUUUACUCUGGACAUGUUCCUUAUCGUGUUUUACGUUUCAUAAAGAAAAAAAAAAUUGUACAGGAAUAAAAAAAGAAUUCGGUCCAGUCAAGUUAAAUGAAUUUAACGAUCGUAUAUUUAAACAAGACGUGAGAUUUUUAGAAAAUGUUUCUAAAAUAGCUGAAAAAGCGUCUCGCAUUAAUGCUAAGCGGUUCACAACCUUAAUUCAAAAUCGAUCUCAUGGAAUUAAAAAACGAUUUCCUCCUGUAUCAGUUCUACAUAAGAAAUGCCAAGAACGUCAGAUUUCGUUUCAUUUUCUGCCUUUGGAGUUUUCAAAAAGACGUCAAAAUACAACACAAUUGACCCGUAAAGCAAAACGUUUAGCGUGGCGAGUUGCAUGGAGGUUCCCAGAACAUUAUGAUGUGUCAUACGUCGAUUCUAGUAUAUCAGAGGAUAGUGUUUUAAAAACACUGCUACACCGUUUUUACUUACCAGAUGAAUCCACUGAUGCCAUUAAAUCAAAUACUGACAAUUUACCUGAAUCUUCUAUUCCACUUCUUUUAAAAAAAUCAAAAGACCCUUUAAACGUUUUCCCUCAUGAAAUCAUUUAUAAAGAUACUUCACUAGAAAAUUAUAAAAACAAAGAUGAGAGCCCCUCGAGUACAGUACGCUGGUAUCUUUUAAAUAAAGAAAAUAAAUUAAGUGAAGCCUUAAGUCAUAAGCAUGUAUAUGAAUUUCCUGAAUUCCUUGUUGUUUCAUAUGAGUAUUUGAAUAACUCUGAAGUGAUAAGGUUCCCCGGAGGACUCAUAAAGGAUCCUUAACAUUAAACUCUUUUAAUUUGCUUCUUCUUUGAUAAAAUAACUUUAGGUUUUGCUGACAUCAUGCAGUAUAUAAUUUUUCUGAUAAGAAACAUGAAAAAAGAAUCCACGAACUUUUCAAAAAAAAAACUAUUUUAAUGGAUG